CCUCGCCGGCCACCGUCCCGGGAGGCGCCGCGGCCCGUGUUCCGCCUCGUCCCGCCGCCCCCCGGCCGGCCCUGCUGCAGUCGGUGGCGGCAGAUGGCGCGGGAGCUGGCGGCGCGGCGGGGCCCGGGCUGGCGGGGCCCGGGCUGGCGGGGCGGGAGGCCGCCGCUGCCGCCGCCUCCUCCUCCUCCUCUCUUCGCCUUCUCGCUGCUGCUGCUGCUGCUGUUGAUGCCGGCGCUGCCGGGCUUGGGGCCCGCCGCCGCCGCCGCCGCCGAGGAGGUGGCGAAGGAAUGCGACAAGCCGUGCGCCAACGGCGGGCGGUGCCAGCCGGGCAGCGGGCAGUGCGAGUGCCAGCCCGGCUGGGUGGGCGACCAGUGCCAGCACUGCGGGGGACGCUUCAGACUGACUGGACCUUCAGGGUAUGUCACAGAUGGGCCUGGAAAUUACAAAUACAAAACAAAAUGCACCUGGCUCAUUGAAGGAAGGCCAAACACAAUCCUCAGGCUUCGAUUCAAUCACUUUGCCACAGAGUGCAGCUGGGACCACUUGUAUGUGUAUGAUGGAGACUCAAUUUAUGCUCCCUUGCUGGCAGCUUUUAGUGGUCUCAUUGUUCCUGAGAAAGACAGCAAUGAAACAGUACCUGAAGUUGUAGCUACUUCUGGAUAUGCCCUUCUGCAUUUCUUCAGUGAUGCUGCCUAUAAUUUAACAGGGUUUAACAUUACAUAUAAUUUCAAUAUGUGUCCCAAGAACUGCUCUGGCCGAGGGGAGUGCAGGCUCAACAACAGCAGCAAUGCUCUGGAAUGUGAAUGUGCCAAAUACUGGAAGGGAGAAGCCUGUGAUAUUCCCUACUGUACAGAUGAUUGUGGGGCACCUGAGAGAGGACACUGCAACUUGAAUGACACCAAGACCUGUUUGUGCUCUGCAGGCUGGCAAGGUCCUGGCUGUUCAAUUCCUGUUCCUGCAAACCAGUCGUUUUGGACCCAGGAGGAAUACUCUCUUCCAAAGCUUCCCAGAGCAUCUCACAAAACUGUAAUCCAUGACAAUAAACUGUGGAUUGUUGGAGGCUAUGUCUUCAAUCAUUCUGACUCUCAGAAGGUUUUAGUGUAUGAUCUGAUUUCUGAAGAGUGGCUUCCCCUAGCAAGCACUGUGAACUCUGUGGAGAUGAGAUAUGGUCAUUCGUUGGCGUUACACAAGGAUGACAUAUACAUGUAUGGUGGGAAGAUCGACGCCACGGGGAACGUGAGCAGCCAGCUCUGGGUGUUCCACAUUCCCAGCCAGAGCUGGGCCCUGGCGGCACCCAAGGCCAAGGAGCAGUACGCGGUCGUGGGCCACUCCGCGCACGUCGUCACCCUGCGCGACAACAGCACCGUCAUGCUCGUCAUCUUCGGGCACUGCCCUCUCUAUGGGUACAUCAGCAGCGUCCAGGAGUACAACCUGGCCACAAACACAUGGAGCAUUUUACAGACGAGCGGUGCUUUGGUGCAAGGAGGAUAUGGUCACAGUAGUGUUUAUGAUCCAAACACAAGAUCAAUUUAUAUCCAUGGAGGUUACAAAGCAUUCAGUGCCAACAAAUACAGGCUAGCAGAUGACUUGUACAGAUAUGAAGUUGAUUCCCACAUGUGGACCAUCCUUAAAGACAGUCGCUUCUUCCGUUACCUGCACACGGCUGUGAUCAUGAGUGGGACCAUGCUGGUGUUUGGAGGCAACACACACAAUGACACCUCCAUGAGCCACGGGGCAAAGUGCUUCUCUUCAGAUUUCAUGGCUUAUGAUAUUGCUUGUGAUCGGUGGUCUGUCCUUCCUCGCCCGGGUCUCCAUCAUGAUGUGAACAGGUUUGGACAUUCUGCCGUGCUGUACAACAGCACCAUGUAUGUCUUUGGAGGCUUCAACAGCCUCCUCCUGAGUGACAUACUGAAGUACACACCGGAGAGAUGUGAAGCUUUUGACAAUGAAACAGCCUGCUGGCAAGCAGGGCCGGGCGUCCGAUGCGUGUGGGCUGCCAGCCCUCCUCGCUGCCUCCCCUGGGAAAUGGCAACACUAGAGCAGCAGCAAAAAGUCUUUGAAGACUGUCCUCCCAAACCAGUUGUAGACAAUGAGAAAUGUGAUCAGAUUACAGACUGCCAUAGCUGUACAGCAAACACAAACAGCUGCCAGUGGUGCACUGACCAGUGUGUCUCAAUGCACAACAACUGCACAGAGGAACAGGUUCCUAUUGCUCUAUAUGACAAUUGUCCUAAGGAUAACCCUGCCUAUCACUGUAACAAAAAGACAAGCUGUAAAAGCUGUGCCAUGGAUCAAAACUGUCAGUGGGAGCCGAGGAAUCAGGAGUGCAUUGCUUUGCCAGAAAAUACCUGUGGAACAAACUGGCAUUUGGUUGGCAACUCCUGCUUGAAAAUUACAAAUGCAAAGGAGACCUAUGAUCAUGCCAAGCUGUCCUGCAGAUCCAGUGGUGCUUCCCUGGCUUCCCUCACGACCCAGAAGAAGGUAGAAUUUGUUUUAAAGGAGCUGCAAAAGAUGCAGUCUUCGCCCAAAACAUUGACUCCAUGGGUUGGACUGAGGAAAAUCAACGUGUCUUAUUGGUGCUGGGAAGACAUGUCUCCCUUCACCAACACCCUCCUCCAGUGGCUUCCCAGUGAACCAAGUGAUGCUGGAUUUUGUGGUUAUUUAGCUGAGCCUUUCAAGCAGGGGCUGAAGGCAGCAACGUGCAUCAAUGAAGUCAACGGCAGCAUCUGCGAAAGGCCAGCCAACCACAGCGCCAAGCAGUGCCGCACGCCCUGCGCGCUGCGCAGCGCCUGCGGGGAGUGCACCAGCGGCAGCUCCGAGUGCAUGUGGUGCAGCAACAUGAAGCAGUGUGUGGACUCCAACGCCUACGUGGCCUCCUUCCCCUACGGGCAGUGCAUGGAGUGGUACACCAUGAGCAGCUGUCCACCUGAAAACUGUUCAGGCUACUGCACCUGUGCUCACUGCUUGGAGCAGCCUGGCUGCGGCUGGUGCACCGAUCCCAGCAACACCGGCAAAGGGAAGUGCAUUGAAGGCUCCUACAGAGGUCCAGUCAAGAUGCCAACCCCAUCCACAACUGGGAAGCAGAGCCUGGAGCCUGUCCUUAAUGUCACCAUGUGUCCUGUGGAGAACAACUAUAAUUGGUCCUUUAUUCAGUGUCCAGCCUGCCAGUGCAAUGGGCACAGCAAGUGUGUAAAUGAAAGCAUCUGUGAGAAGUGUGAAAACCUGACAACUGGCAAACACUGUGAAACUUGCAUCUCAGGCUUCUACGGUGACCCCACUAAUGGAGGAACGUGUCAGCCUUGCAAGUGCAACGGCCACGCGUCCGUCUGCAACACCAACACAGGGAAAUGCUUCUGCACCACCAAGGGAAUCAAAGGAGACGAGUGUCAACUGUGUGAAGUCGAAAAUAGAUAUCAGGGAAAUCCACUUAAAGGAACGUGUUACUAUACCCUUCUGAUUGACUAUCAGUUCACCUUCAGCCUUUCUCAAGAGGAUGAUCGUUAUUACACAGCAAUCAACUUUGUAGCAACACCUGAAGAGCAAAACAGAGACUUGGACAUGUUUAUCAAUGCAUCUAAAAACUUCAACCUCAAUAUUACUUGGUCCACAAGUUUUGCAGCUGGCACGCAGGCUGGGGAGGAAAUUCCAGUUGUUUCAAGAACCAAUAUAAAGGAAUACAAGGACAGUUUCUCCAAUGAGAAGUUUGAUUUCCGCAACAAUCCCAACAUCACUUUCUUCGUUUAUGUCAGCAACUUCACCUGGCCCAUAAAAAUACAGAUUGCAUUCUCACAACACAGCAACUUUAUGGACCUGGUACAGUUCUUUGUGACAUUUUUCAGUUGUUUCCUGUCUUUGCUCCUGGUGGCAGCUGUGGUUUGGAAGAUUAAACAAAGUUGCUGGGCAUCACGACGAAGAGAGCAACUACUCCGUGAGAUGCAACAGAUGGCCAGUCGCCCCUUCGCCUCCAUCAACGUUGCCUUAGAAACAGAUGAAGAGCCUCCAGAUCUCAUCGGGGGAAGCAUAAAGACUGUACCAAAGCCCAUAGCCCUGGAGCCCUGCUUUGGGAACAAAGCAGCUGUUCUCUCUGUAUUCGUGAGGUUGCCUCGAGGACUUGGAGGUAUCCCACCACCAGGACAGUCAGGUCUUGCAGUGGCCAGUGCACUGGUGGACAUUUCACAACAGAUGCCAAUUGCCUACAAAGAGAAAUCGGGCGCAAUACGAAAUCGGAAACAACAGCCCCCUGCACAGCCAGGAACCUGUAUUUGAUGCAUGGACAUCAGAAACUGUUUAGGGUUUUAAACAAGACAGAAAAAGGAACACCUUGGAGGAGGAGGGGAAGGAUUUCCAAGUUGUGUCACAAGAGACUAGAAGCACUCGAAGAAACACAACUUCCUCGAACCCAACGUUUUGUCUCACCUACGUGAUAGUUGGCUUUCUUUGACAACUGCUCCACUUAAGUUUUACUGACACGUGGCUUCAGAUUGCUCCUUUGUUUUCUUCCAGCUGAAAGUGAAAUAAUUUUAUUGCAGGUCCAGUGACAUCCGGUUGCCACCAUUCAUGGUCAGUGUACAUAGAACAGUAGUCCAAUAAGAAUGACACUCAGGUUUAUACAUGGAAAGUGCUUUGUAGUUCAUGUAUUUAUCAAACUGUACAAAAAGAAAAAGAUGCAGUGUUUACAGGUGUCAGCUCUCAACACAUAAACACUACUAUUAAUCUUGAAAGCAUCUUCAUCCUUUGUUUUCAUUUAAUGAUGUAUGUUGAUUUCCUCCUGAUUUAAGUGGAACUCUCUUCCAGAUGCAGCGUUUUUGUAGUCAGCAUGGUCCAGAACACCAGGAGUGCAGAAGCUGGGAUGGUUUAAAGGUUGAUGUCCUGUGUUGCUCAGAUCACACGCAACGCCUGGAGAAGCUGUGUGUUGCUUUUGAAGGACUCAGUGUUUACACAGUCUGAACCUGCUUGGAGGACACCACACACAAGUGCCUAGACUUGAACAGAUCUAGGGAGUGAGGAGGCUGCUACACACGUUUCUUUUUAAUGUAAUUAUAUUUCUCUUAAAUCUAUGUAUACACACAUACACAGUCACCCAAGGCAGUCUGUGUUCUUUGUAAUAUAUCACACGCAGUCAGAGGAAAAUGGCAUUUUCCUGACCAACAGACUGCUCAACCAGGUGGAAAUAUCUGGAGGGAAGCUAGAGUUUCAGUGUCUCAUGAAAAAAUUCCUGGUUUCACCAGCGCUUUUAAUAGAAGCAGUUUGUUUUCUGGGUCAAAUAUGUUCUAUUUCUUCUGAUUUUCUCUGCCCAUUUGGCCUCUUUCCCUUUCCCUUCCCUCCUGCCCUUCUUCUGGAUGAGAGCUGAGCUGUGCCUGGGCUCCCUCCUCAGCAGUAAGGUUUUCUUUAUCUCCUCACAGGGUGCCAAAAGCAAUAUUUGAGGUGCCAGAUCAUUUGAGGAUGAAGUAAAAAAGAACUUUAAAUCAAAAAACAAGCAGACCAGCCUCCUCUGGCCACAGGUUUGAGCUCUACGUGGUCACUUACUGGUAUUUCCCUUUGGGGCUGAACUCUCUUGGAUGUUGAAGGAGGUGGCUUGUUGGUGAAAGGCAGGGACUUGCAAACAACAAGGAGAAGGUUUGGCAUUUUGGGGGACGUAUCAAACCAUCUGGAGGGCUCUGACUAGAUGGGAUUAUGGUUUGAAGUUCAGGGUUGGACUUUACCCCUCAGCCUGUGCCUGCCAGUGUCCAGUGUCUCCCUUGAUCCUGGAAUGUGGCAUGGUGCCAGGGCCAUCUAAAGCUGUGACGUUGAAGUUGGUAGGAAGAUGUUGCAUGAAGGUACCAAACGAGGUGCAUAAUUGCUGCUUAAUUACAGUAAGUGUGGGUUCAUUCAGGUCACCAGGUCGCUGGUUUCUGAUGAGGACCUCAAGUUUUUAUGGACUGGAGAAGUAUCCAACCGAAGGGAGCGAAGGAAAAUGCCCUUGGAUCAUCUGGCCAGGUACCACCCUUUGCCAAAAUGAAACCCAAGCAACUGUAUCUUUUAUUUUUGUGCACGUUUUGGUGAUUGAUCACUAUCAGCCAACUCAUUUUUGGUGGGGUUUUUGGUAUGUUGAAGAAGCUCUUUGCAGCGCGGUGACUUCGCAAUCAAGACCUGGAUUCACGUUGCGUGUCCAGGCAGCAGUGGUGGGGUUUAAAGACCAUGGUGGAUUGUAAUUCUGAUUCAACAUGUCAUUUAUCAAAUGCAACAGGACUGCAGGAAAAAAAAAAAAAAAAAAGAACAAUACUGUGGGGGGGAAAAAAAUGCAUUUUGUACAUAUAAACACACAUACAUGUAUUUAUAUCUAAAAAAUGCAUCUGUUUCUCAAGGAGAAGUUUCAAUGCCCUCUGGGGAAAAGAAAUUCUGGGAGGGAAAGGGGUGAGUUUUAUCUUUUAGAAUGAAGGGGUUUAGGCAGUUUAAGGGUGAAGUGAUGCACAGAUUACCUCAGACAUACUCAUCUCCUGAAAAUAUUUGCUAACUCCUUGUGUGUUCAGGCUGACCUGAACUGGAGAAAUAAGACUGGACUAAAAUCCCUCCCGUGUUAUUGCUUUACAUGUUUUCAGUCAUGAUGCACAUCCUCGUGUUCAGAGAUGUCUUCUUGCUUCUCCAACAUUUAUUUGGGGAGGAGAACUGCCAACCCAAAUAGAAAAAGGUUUGAGCUUAAGUCUCAUUAUUCAGGGCAACACUUAAGUAGCUGCUUAAAGUUGUUGCUUUGGUUUUCCUGGACAGAAGCAGCUUUCAGAACAAUAGGCCUGGAGGGGUGAUUUAUUUUGACUUUGACAAAAAAGAUGGAAAUGUGGGGGUUUUUUUUCCCCCUCUGGAGAGCUGAGUUGUCUCAUCUCAAAAGCUGGUGCUGGAUUGUGCCCAGAAGUGCAGUCACAAGGUUAGGUGCCAGAUACUGGAAAGAUGAGCAAAAAAAUGACCAAACUUUGAGGUUUAGGAGAACCAAAAAAAAAUGUAAAUAGAGGAAUGAGACUUAUUGAUAUCAAUAAAAUGAAACAGCUCCUUUAGGAUGUAACUCUGCUCUGCAUCUUAUCUCCAUUUGAUGAGGGAAAAAGAGAACUCUCAUACAUGUCUUUGCUGCAAACAGUUUCAUCCCAGGUUAAAGGUAAAACAGAGAAGAAGGUGGGAGUGGGGGGUAAGAAUUGGUGGUGGUUUAUCACCAGGCCAAUAUCAAAAAUGAAGGAUUUGUGGGUUUAUUUCAUUUGGAGGUGAUGCUGGGGGGGGAAAGAGCAACCUUGUUUCAUGGGAGAAUCUGUAAAUAAAUGAAAAAUAACACACCAGUUUUGCACUUGUACAUAAACUAUACAGUAGCGUGCAGAACCUUGGAAGAUUUAAAGUGUAUAUAAACCAGGAAAAAAAAAAAUAUUGAAUGUAUUUUUGAUGCAUUUUAAAUGAUGUAUGAGUUUUGUCUUAACAACUUCUUCAUAUGAUGAGUAUUAGGUAACUUUCCAGAGCUUUGAAGAAACAUCAAAUUAGAGUUCUGAUAUCUUGCAGUAUAAAGCAGGGAGGCAUAACUUGCCUUUUAUGUCUUCAAAUGCAUUUCACUUAAAUGUGUAAGGGAACUAAAAUGUGGCUCUUCCCUUUGAAAGGGGAAAAAACCAAUACAUGAAGACAGGUGAUAAAUGUCCUUAAAGCAGUCAUUACUUGGAGGAUUAAGUCAGCAGUUUAAGCCUCUACCAUUAAGAUUGUGCCAUUCAAAAUCACAAUUUUCAAGCGUUUAUAACUGGCUGAAAUUCAGCAUUCGAAGUCCCAGCCCUCAGAGCAUUUGUAUUCUUUGAGAGUAGCCUUGAAAAAGAAAUUUAAUGAAAAAUCAAAGUGUUGUAGCCCUUUUAUUCUAGAAAGCAGCAGUGCCAUUGGAUCUCCAAAUAACAUAUUUGGUGGUGGUGUUUUUUUCGCUCACCUGUUUCCAUUUUCUUCUAGCCCAGGGUUUUCUCUGGACUGUUGCAGGAUGAGGGACAGGAGACCCUGCCACAGGGUCAAGAUGUUGGAGACAAGAAUUUAUGGGACCCAUUUGAGUUAUUGCCACUCUCCCUGGGCUUAAAAUGUGCUAUAUUGAAAUUGCCAAAAAAUAAAGCUGUGCACAGUGGGGUAAUGCCUGUGAUUAGCAUAAAGUCAUAGCGUGUAAUGUACCAAAAUUGGAUGGAAUGGUACCAUAAAAGCUUGACAGUGCCUGGAAUGACGCUUCCUUAGGCGUAGCUUGUGUUCUAAAUAUUGCUCAGAAGCAUCAUUUUCUCUGUGGUAAAUGUUGACCAGAAUAGAUAAGACACUGGGUUCCUACUCUGGUUUUUAAAUGGCAGCUCGUCCUGCUUGGCCCUAAAGAAGCUGAUGGGAGCUUUUGAUGAAAUAACCUCCCUCAAGAGGCUGGAACUAAACUUCAGGCUUUUCCCCUAAUAAGUCCGGGCCCACCAAGAUGAGGCUGAUCUUCCAUCCUUAGCUGCUCCCGAUGUCAGUGGCUGCUUUAUCUUUUCCAUGGAACCCCUGAAUUGGGGACAGAGCAUCAGCUAGAAAACCCUUUUCCCUGGAAGCAGGGAUUUGGCAGCUCUGAGCUGUGGGAAGGCAAAGACUGGACCCCCCGUGCCAGGAGCCACUUUCAAACUCGCCCAACCCAACUCACAGGCGGCUCCCGAUGCCUCUGCUUCCCCAUUCCCUUUUUACCUUCAUUUGGGAAUUCCAGAGGGGAAGGGGAGGGAUGAGGGUCAGGUUUUAGGAGCUUCCUGAGGGAAGCUGCAGGAGCAGGUUGGGAGUUGGGUGGGUUUGGAGUGGAAAGGUGCUGCUGGAAGAUGCUCGCGGGAGCGCUGGGGGAUGCGGGAGCCAAGGGAAGGGAGGGGGGGUCUGUGUGUCUCUCAUUUUUGGCAGUGCUGUUGGCAAUUUUAGUCCAAUUCACACUCUUUCUGUUCACAGCUGCCUAAAUUAGAUUAGUUUCCCCGUGCUAGGAAUAUUACUGCAACGUGUAGAUGCUGCUUUGUUUUUCUGCUUCAGGAUCGGGGCAGGUUUGAUCCGUUUCUUACUUAGUUCUAACACUACCCAUGGACUUACUUCUGUGCAUCUUCCAGGUACUAUAGCUCUUUGGCCAUUUCCUCUGCUAUUAUCAUUAACUCCACAAACCUCACCAGAAGAAAGAAGAAAAAAAAUGUAAAAAACAAACUGUGGAGGAGUCUAACGUAUGUCAGUCCAUUCUUAUUUUUUUUUAAUUAAAAAAAAAAAAGGCAAAAAGGAAACAAAAAUAGAGUUUUAUAUUACUCUGAAAUUUGUGCACAGGAAAUGUUCUUUACACUAAGAUCCUUGAAUGAAUUGUAUUCUGGAUUUUUUUAUUUUUUUUUCCUCUUCUGUAAUUAUUUACAAUUCUUCUCGGCGUUCAGACUUGGGCUUAGUUUGUUAAUAUGUAUAAUUUAGCAUUUAUUGCAUUCAUAUGUAAAUAUAAGCAGGUAUUGUAAACUAUUUCAUUGCUGGGGGUUGUGGGUGUUAUACAUACACACAUUUAGGACUGCAGUUUUUUGGUAUAAUUUUUUUGUAUUGUAAAAUAACAGCUAAUUUAAAGCAGGAAGGAGGAAAUUCUUGGGAGGUCUGUGCAUUUAAAAUACAAAUGUGAACUAUGUGUAUAUAAAUAAAAAGUAAAUAAUGCAAAUCUUUCCUCUGGAAUAAAAAGUAGACGAUC